AUGUAUCAUUUAUCGUCAUGUCUUAUGUUUGACGGGGUUGGGCUCGAAGCAUCAAUUUGCUCCACACCGAGAAAAGCAGGCCAACAUCCAAACAUGUCAGACUGGAAGCGUCAAACCCUAGAUGCGCACAAUAUCUUCCGGAAGGAGCAUGGAGUGUGCGCGUUGCAGUGGAGUGAUGAGUGCUACAAAGCCGCCAAAGCACAAGCCAACGCAUGUCAAGCGAGAAGGUGUAUGUUUCACGGCACGACCUCUGGGCCUUCCGGGGACCAUGGGCAAAACAUUUACUGGUGCAGCGCCCCUGGAUCUUCGGCCCAGGAGAUGGUGAAGGUGUGGUACGAUGAAAUUGAGCAGUAUGACUUUGGCGCGGCGACCUUUCACGAAGGGACCGGGCACUUCACGCAGGUGGUUUGGAAAGGGACCACCCAUGUGGGAAUGGCUUGCUCAGAUGAUGGGAGAUUCUGCGUGGCGAACUAUUUCCCAGCCGGCAAUGUGAUGGGGCGCUUUCGGCAGAAUGUUCUACCGCGAGGCAGUCCAUACGUCGCUGAGAAGGAGAAGCCAAAACCUCCUGCACGAAGGAUAAGCUGGAGCGGUGUCUCAAGUGGCCCUGGGCAAGCACCAGGAGGCCCACGCCGCAGUGGACGUGCCGAGGCUCCACACUUGAAUGACUUGCAAGCCUUUUUCAAGGACUUCCAGGACCUCCAGGUCUCCAAGGACACGACCAGCUCGAAGCGGCACUCCGGCUAUGGCGGCUAUGGCGGUGUGGUGCAAAGCUUUUCCAGAGAAGCACGGGACACCUCCGGCACCUCGACACGGAGGAGUCGAAGCACUGGUUACGGCGGCACAACAACCACUGUGACCAGGAGCGUGCGCCAUGAUGGAAGUGUUGUGACCACGACCAAGACCACCACUGUGAGGAUGGUCCGCGGAUAG